AUGCCCCCGCGGGAGCUGGCAGAGCCGGAGCCGCCUCCGGCCCGGGCCCCGACCCCUCCCCCGCGGCGGGGCAGUACGGCCCCGGAGCUGGGCAUCAAGUGUGUGCUGGUGGGAGAUGGAGCGGUGGGUAAGAGCAGCCUCAUCGUCAGCUACACCUGCAAUGGGUACCCGGCCUGCUACCGACCCACUGCGCUGGACACCUUCUCCGUACAAGUCCUGGUGGACGGAGCCCCAGUCCGGAUUGAGCUCUGGGACACAGCUGGACAGGAGGACUUUGACCGUCUUCGAUCCCUCUGUUACCCAGAUACCGAUGUCUUCCUGGCCUGCUUCAGUGUUGUGCAGCCUGGCUCCUUCCAAAACAUCACAGAGAAGUGGCUUCCUGAGAUUCGAACCCACAACCCCCAGGCCCCUGUUUUGCUAGUGGGCACUCAGGCUGAUUUGCGGGAUGAUGUUAAUGUACUGAUUCAGUUGGACCAGGGGGGUCGGGAGACACCUGUGCCCCAUCCCCAGGCCCAGGGUUUGGCGGAAAAGAUCCGAGCCCGGGGGUACUUGGAAUGCUCUGCUCUGACUCAAAAGAACCUGAAGGAGGUGUUUGAUGCGGCUAUUCUCAGUGCCAUUGAGCACAAGGCUAGACUGGAGAAGAAGCUCAAUGCCAAGGGUGUCCGGACACUCUCCCGCUGCAGAUGGAAGAAAUUCUUCUGCUUUGUUUGA